CACAACAAGCUCUACGACUACCAGAGGGACGGAGUGGCGUUCUUCUACAGCCUCUACAGAGACGGUCGGAAAGGCGGGAUCCUGGCAGACAACAUGGGCCUUGGGAAAACCAUCCAGGUCAUAUCCUUACUUUCUGGCAUGUACGACAACGAGCUUAUCAAACACACGAUGCUGGUCAUGCCCACUUCGCUCAUCACAAACUGGACCAAGGAGUUCGCCAAGUGGACCCCAGGGAUGAGGGUCAAGGAGUUUCACGGCUCCAGCAAAGCAGAGCGGACAAGGAACCUGGAGAAGGUUCAGCGGCGAGGUGGCAUCAUCAUUACCACUUACACGAUGCUCAUGAACAACUGGCAGCAGCUGUCGUCGUACAACGGCAGAGAGUUCACGUGGGACUAUAUGAUCCUGGACGAAGCGCACAAGAUCAAAUCAAACACCACCAAAACGGCCAAAAGCGCCUCCGCCGUACCGUCAAAGAACAGGGUUCUCCUCACGGGAACACCCGUUUAGAACAACCUGAAAGAAAUGUGGGCACUGUUUGAUUUCGCCUGUCAAGGCACUCUCCUUGGCAUGGCCAAGACCUUCAAAACGGAGUACGAAAACCCGAUCACCCGGGCCAGAGAGAAGGAUGCCGCUCCAGGGGAGAGGGCUCUGGGUUCCCGGAUGUCGGAGAACCUCAUGGCCAUUAUCCAUCACUAUUUCUUCCGAAGGACAAAAGCAGAAGUGCAAAAAAAAAAAAAGAACG